GUCAGCUCAGACUGAAGAAGUCACUUGGAUGAGUGACGAAACGUUUCUCCCACAAAACGCUACGUCCAGAUGAACAGAUUCAACUUUUGGAGAGGCCCCGCCCCCAAACCUUUGAAGGUUCAACUUCAAAGAAAAGUGGAUGACGUCGGAGUGGCUGCAGCCGAUCGUGGGCGGGGCUUAAACCCACAUAUAGGGGCCGUCCAGAAUCCCAUGCAUUUGGUUUACAAAGAGCACACAUGCUUACCACAACUCCAACCACCCAACCAUUUAUUUCCACUUCUACAUUUCAGUCAGAGAAAUAUGGAUGCAAUGGACACAACCGUGGAGAAGGGAGAUCCAGUGUCUACGCAGACUGAUGAGGUCUGUCUUCACUCAGUGGACACAGAGUCCCAUGAGAAAACAGAAGAAACAGGAGCAAAGGACAGCAUCCUGAAAGAAAUUUCUGUAGAUGACCACGGUAAUAAUGAAGAAACAGAAACUCCAGGACUGGAGGACUCUUCAGACUCAAAAAACCUCAAGCUGCAUUUGACUGCAGAGGAGAGCAGUCUUGAUAAAACAUCCACAGAUGACAGUGAAAAUAGAGAAAUUCUAACACUGCAUCGUGCACCUACACCACCCAACAUAUAUCUAAAUGUUUUUAUUGGUUUCAGUGAGUCAUCUGAGGAAGAAGCGUCUGUGUCGUCCCAGAUGAUUCCUCCUCAAACCCAAACCGCAGCCACAGUAGAACCGAAGAAGAGCUGUUGGAAGAAAAACUACUCAAAAAACUUGGACAACAUAGAAGCUUGCCCCCUGGAAAAGUCUGUGAAGAAAGCUGUGCAUGUGUCAGUCGGUAAUGGUGAUUCAGAUUUUGGUUCUUAUAACAUCACUCUGGCAUCUGAUUAUCUGUCUGAAGAAAAGAUGUGUGUUUACAAAGUUAUUCAGUUGGUAGUUUCAGAGGCCACAAGCAAAGCCUCCUCUAAAUACAAGGACUUCACACGGCGUAUGACUCCGGACUCCAUCAGCAAUCGCCUGCUUGAAAAAAUCUGGCCUCAGAUUGACGAGAGAGAUUUGGAUCUAUCUCCAAAAAGGCUGACCAAUAUCAACAAGGACAUUUUCACCAACCUUUGCAAAGCACAUAACUGCAAGGAGAAAUAUUUGAUUAUGUGUCUGAGAGAACAACUUGACGAUAUUACUGUCCCAACGUUUACAGAACUCCUGUUGGCUUUACCAAAAAGAGUACUCACUAUAUCUGAAAACAGAGAAGAGUACAGAAAAGUUGUUGAAAGCUUCACUAAAGAUUUGGUUCUGCACGCUAUAAGCAACACAAAUGAGGCAUGGAAAUUGCCUCCAGGGGCAGAUAAAGCCAUUAUGGACAGGUUUACCCACAGGAUUUGGGCUAAAAUUAAGUCCCAAAACCUUAAAAUGUCCUUAGAGAACACUGAAGAAGUCAGUGUGAAAGUCUACAAUGAACUCCGGGAAAAGUGGAAAAGUCCAAACACUGUCCUGGAGUUAAUGUUUAAUGGCCAAGACAAUAUUGACAACGUGAUUGUCAAAAGUUUCAAAAGAAAUGCCCCAUUGAAGAGACCAAGUUUUUUCUCUAGGAUUUUCUCACGAGCACUCUAAAGUUUACCUGACACCUGCAUCAAAAAAGCUAUGUUUUCAAAAAUACCUGGGUACAUGUGGACGUAAUGCAUUACAUUUUUAAUUACAAUUCCUAAUUGUAAAUGUUAAAACCAGACUGGUUUAAAAUAAUUGUCUCAUGAACCACCUGGUUGAUAAUAAUUUCACCACAUUAAAUUAUAACAUUAUUCUGUCCUUUAUCCUGUCUUCCUUCUCUCACCCCAACCAGUCGCAGCAGAUGGCCGCCCCUCCCUGAGCCUGGUUCUGCCGGAGGUUUCUUCCUG